UUUCAAGAUGGCGCCAGUCUGUGACCGGGAUGCCGCUGCCGUUGCGCUCCGGUAAACCUCGCCAGUUUCGUUCCGAGGCGCCCGAGUGUCGGUGGGAGGAUGGGCUUUCGUUGCAGGCAGCGUCAGGGAUGUCCGCGCGCGCGGCUCGGUAAGUGUCCGGCAGCGGAGCCUCGGCUAAAAUGCUCGCGUCGUCCCUGAAGAACAACAGAAGCUGCCGCCGCCGCUGCGGUGCUCGGCCGCUGCUCCAGUCUACGCCCCGGCUCGAGCCUCGAAUGGCGGACUGACUGCUCAUGGAACCCCCCGGUGUGAACGGAGGGACUGCAGCCGCCCAGCUGCUCGACAACGACGGCGCCCGAGUGCUGAAAGCGGCCCAUAGCGCGAGCUCCCGAGCUGACGUCACCGCGAGCGCUCGCCUUCACGUCACCGACCACGGCAGGAAUGUAAACAAGGAGGCACCCAGCGCGUCGGACCCGGCGGAGGGUUACCUGCACCGGAGCCGCGUCUGUGACGGGAGCAACGGCUUGACCGAGGCCGGGCCAGGGCUCGCCUGCUGCCCGCCUCUCAGUCGCCACGCCGCGGGUCUGCGGCCACAGAACGGGGAGGCCUCGGACUGGUGCCCCGAGGGGGAGGCGACGAACGGUUGUCCCCAGGUGUGUGAGCCGUGUCUGGGGGAGCAGCAGCCGGACUGCCCUGGUGAUGGUGCGGCCGCGUCCCGCCCACAGACGCGGCGCUUCUUCGAGGAAGGUGAUGGCGAGGGAGGGAGACUGGCCAACGGCGGUGUCCACGUCAUCGACGGCUGUGGCCAGGGGAACGGAGCUGACUCCAGAUCGGCACCCCGCCUCAGCCAGAAUGUGCUCCCUGAGUCCCUGAGCCCCUCCAGCCCUGCGCCAAGUGCCAAACCCCAGCCCGAGCCCAGCGGUGUCAGCCUCGGGCCCGAGCCUCACCCAGGUGAGGAGGAGGAGGAGGAGGACACUGUGGAAGCCAGCUUGGCCGUCAGGCCCCAGACUUUGAGAACCAAGCUCAACCCCUCAGUGUCCCUCAGCUGUGAUGCCACGCCGCUCACCCCGGAGGAGGACGGGGGCUUCUACUUUGGUGAGGAGUGUUAUGAGGAGGACUUUCGCAACCCCCUGGAAGCAGGCCGUCGGCAGAGCGCCCCGGAGCAGCUGCCAGACCUGAGUGGAGAGGCGCACUCCGACUCCAGACUCAUGCCAAAGAGGUUUGGCAUCGCUGAGUUCUUCACCAGGAGCCUGUUUUCCAGGAAGUCGAGAGAGGCCAAGCCAGCGGGCCACCACGCAGCAGGCUGGCGACUGUUCCACAAACCAACCCUCCGAGAGAAGGAGGCCGCGUGGCCAGCGUCCACCGCUGAGCAGGUGGACCCGCCUCUCAGUCCACAGCACCCCCCGGUGACUGGCAGGAGGAAGAAGAACUUGGAGUUCGAGCCUCUGUCCACCACAGCGCUGAUUCUGGAGGACCGGCCCUCGAACCUGCCGGCCAAGUCUGUGGAGGAGACGCAGAGGCACAAGCAGGAGUACGAGGAGAUGGUGGCGGGAGCCAAGAGGAGAGAGCUGAAGGACGCGCAGAAGAAGAAGCGUCAGAUGAAGGAGCGGCUCAAACAGGAGGACCUCAUCUCCACUGCCAUGGUCAUCUGGAACACGGAGAUCCUGCCGCACUGGGACUCCAUGAAGGGAAGCAGGAGAGUCCGGGAGCUGUGGUGGCAGGGUCUGCCCCCGAGUGUCCGAGGCCGAGUCUGGAGUCUGGCCAUCGGCAACGAGUUGAACAUCACGGCAGAGCUCUACGAGAUCUUCCUGUCCAGAGCCAAAGAGAAGUGGAGGAGCUACAGCGAGACCAGCUCGGUCGCCGACAGCGAGAGCGAUGGAGGAGCGUCUCUGGCCGACCGAGAGUCCAGUCUGGACCUGAUCAAGCUGGACAUCUCCAGGACCUUCCCUUCUCUCUUCAUCUUCCAGAAGGGGGGGCCGUACCACGACCUGCUCCACAGUGUGCUGGGAGCGUACACCUGCUACAGACCGGACAUUGGAUACGUCCAGGGAAUGUCCUUCAUCGCUGCAGUUCUCAUCCUCAACCUGGAGGAGGCGGAGGCCUUCAUCACCUUCGCCAACCUGCUGAACAAGCCGUGCCAGAUGGCCUUCUUCAGAGUGGACCACGACUUGAUGUUGAAGUAUUUCUCAGCAUUUGAAGUUUUCUUCGAGGAAAACCUCCCUCGCUUGUCCAGUCACUUCCAGAGCAACGGCUUGACCCCUGACCUCUACCUGAUCGACUGGAUCUUCACGCUCUACAGCAAGUCGCUCCCGCUGGACGUGGCCUGUCGAGUCUGGGACGUCUUCUGCCGUGACGGCGAGGAGAGUCUGUUCCGCACGGCGCUGGGCGUCCUGCGCCUCUUUGAAGACGUCCUGCUGCAGAUGGACUUCAUCCACAUGGCUCAGUUCCUGACCCGCCUGCCCGAGGACCUGCAGGCUCACACGCUCUUCGCCGCCAUGGCCAACACGCACAUGCUCAGCCGGAGCCGCCGCUGGGCUCAGGUCUUCAGCACACUGGCCAAGGACGGGAACAAAGAGAUGGAGAAGAGCGGCAGCCCGGCGCUCCGAAGCUAACGCCAGCGCCGACCGCAGGGCUCCACGCUCCGGGUCCACGCUCCGGGUCCACGCUCCGGGUCCACGCUCCGGGUCCACGCUCCGGGUCCACGCUCCGGGCCUCUGCUCCGGGUCCACGCUCCGGGCCUCUGCUCCGGGUCCGUGCUCCGGGUCCGUGUUCCGGGCCCUGGGUCUGCGCUGCGUCUGGUCCUCUCCUGGCCACACCACUAACCCUCUCUGGUGCUAAAUCUCCUCACCACUCACUUUGGUGCACGGACUCUGCUGAUGAGAAAAUAAACAGGAUCAUUGAAGGACAGUGACGUUUGCUUUCGUGUAACUUUCAUUUCAAACUAUGGACCAGAAGCG